UUGGGCAACGGAAAGGAAUAAAAAUGAAUGAGGUCCACAACAUACACGGGAAUAAAACCAGUCAGUGUCAAAGCUUUGUUCACAAUCUCUCUCUCACAUCUUUCUCACUUUUUCUCUCUAAAGCAACCUGAUCAUCUCUCAACCUCCUGAUCUUCAUCUUCCUCUCUCUGUCUGAUCUCUCUUGGCCAUGAGCUCCUCAAUUAUGAAAACUCUUCAGAUUCGUAAACCCACUUCUCUCCCUGUCUCUUCCACCACCACCAGAGAUGAGCCAGGCCUUCUCCGUCGCCGUCUCUCUUCUCUUUCUCUAAAUCUUUCACGUAACCAACCUUCCACCGUCUCUAGAUCCAAGUCGGUGUCAAACAUGGGAGAGCAAGGAGGGAGCUCCGUGAAAGAAUGGUGGGAAUGGAGUUGGUCAUGGAUUCUCUUAAAGAAGUUACCAAUCUUUUUCACAGAUCUUGAAGUUAACAAGAACGGAGCCAAACCAUCAUUGGGAAAUCAACAAACAGGCAGCUUCACUCACGUCUUCUUCAUGCUCCGUUCUGAGAUCCGCCGCCUCCUCCGUCCUUCCUCUGACUCUCUUCCUCUCUCCUGCAAGCAUGGACAGCGAUGAGUGCUCUCUCUCUCUCUCUAUCUCUUUCGUUGGUGGUUUAAGAUUUUUGUGCCUACGCUUAUUCUUAUUAAGAAAAGUUGUAAUUCUUAAUUAUAAUUUGCUUGAAGCUAUUUCCUACAUAAUUCCUAGUUUUCGUCAUUCUAAACUUUUCUGUCAUAUGUAUGAUUAUUUCAUUUUGUUUUAGAAGUUGUGUACUUAUGUUUCAUUAUAUUAAGUUACAAAUCAUUAUUUCAUUACU